GCGCCGCCGCCCCCCGCCCGCUCGCCCGCCCGCCCCGGCCGCGUCGGAGGGCCGGCAGCGGGGCUGGAUGUGCCCGGCUCCCCCCGCGCUGAGGUGGGCAGCGAUGCAGAAGGCAGGCGGCAGCUUCGCCUCCGCCGAGAGACACCCGCUCAAGAUGGCAGAUGUGUGUUGAGUUUGGGGGGCUGCGAUCUCGCGUCGUUCGUGGCGGCGUUGCCAUGAAUAACAGGCGUCCUUGCACCGAUGGCCCCCAUGUACGAAGGUAUGGCCUCGCAUGUGCAAGUUUUCUCUCCUCAUACCCUUCAGUCAAGUGCCUUCUGUAGCGUGAAGAAACUGAAAGUGGAGCCGAGUUCGAACUGGGAUAUGACUGGGUACGGCACACACAGCAAAGUCUACAACCAGAGCAAGAACGUGCAGUCCUCCCAAGCAGCCGCCGCAGCAGCCGUCAACGCCUCCCUCCAGAUCCCCAAUCCGAGCAUCCCUUACGAGCAGACCAUCAUCUUCCCAGCAAGCACGGGGCACAUUGUGGUUACAUCGGCCAACAGCACUUCUGGUGUGGUUGCAGUGUCUGGGCAAACACUGGGCGGGCCACACAACCUGAUGCGUCGCAGCACUGUGAGCCUUCUGGACACCUACCAAAAAUGUGGACUUAAGCGCAAGAGUGAGGAGAUCGAGAACACAAGCAGCGUGCAGAUUAUCGAGGAGCAUCCGCCAAUGAUUCAGAACAAUGCCAGUGGGGCCACUGUAGCCACCGCCACCACCUCCACGGCCACUUCCAAAAACAGUGGUUCCAACAGUGAAGGGGAUUACCAGCUGGUCCAACAUGAGGUGCUCUGUUCCAUGACCAACACGUACGAAGUGUUAGAGUUUCUUGGCCGUGGAACCUUCGGACAAGUAGUCAAAUGCUGGAAACGUGGCACUAAUGAGAUUGUGGCUAUCAAGAUCCUAAAAAACCACCCUUCUUACGCCCGGCAAGGCCAGAUUGAAGUGAGCAUCCUGGCUCGGCUGAGCACAGAAAGCGCGGAUGACUACAACUUUGUCCGUGCUUACGAAUGCUUCCAGCACAAGAAUCACACAUGCUUGGUAUUUGAAAUGUUGGAGCAGAACCUCUAUGAUUUCUUAAAACAAAAUAAAUUCAGUCCCUUGCCCCUUAAGUACAUUCGACCAAUUCUCCAGCAGGUAGCAACUGCCCUAAUGAAGCUGAAAAGCCUGGGACUGAUUCAUGCUGAUCUCAAACCAGAGAACAUCAUGCUGGUAGACCCAUCCCGACAGCCGUAUAGGGUCAAGGUCAUAGACUUUGGUUCAGCUAGCCAUGUGUCCAAAGCUGUGUGUUCUACUUACCUUCAAUCCAGAUACUACAGAGCCCCUGAAAUCAUCCUCGGUUUACCCUUUUGUGAAGCAAUCGAUAUGUGGUCAUUGGGAUGUGUCAUUGCAGAGCUGUUCUUGGGCUGGCCCUUGUACCCAGGAGCUUCAGAGUACGAUCAGAUUCGCUACAUUUCACAGACGCAGGGCUUACCAGCAGAGUAUUUGUUAAGUGCAGGGACAAAGACCACGAGGUUUUUCAACAGGGAUACAGACUCACCAUAUCCCUUGUGGAGGCUGAAGACGCCAGAUGAUCAUGAGGCAGAGACGGGAAUUAAGUCAAAGGAAGCGAGAAAGUAUAUUUUCAACUGUUUGGAUGAUAUGGCACAGGUAAGAGCACUGGUAAACAUGACAACGGAUUUGGAAGGAAGCGAUAUGUUGGUGGAAAAGGCAGACCGGCGGGAGUUCAUAGAUCUGUUAAAGAAGAUGUUGACGAUAGACGCGGAUAAGAGGAUAACACCCAUUGAAACUCUGAGCCACCCUUUUGUCACCAUGACGCACUUGCUCGACUUCCCUCACAGCACACAUGUCAAGUCCUGCUUCCAGAACAUGGAGAUUUGCAAGCGGCGGGUGAAUAUGUACGACACGGUGAACCAGAGCAAGACGCCAUUCAUCACCCACGUAGCCCCAAGUACAUCGACCAACCUGACCAUGACUUUUAACAACCAGCUGAACACAGUCCACAACCAGACCACCAACCUGGCUCCCACCUCCUCCAGUGCCACUAUUUCCUUAGCCAACCCCGAGGUCUCCAUACUAAAUUACCAAUCUGCACUCUACCAGCCCUCAGCGGCGUCCAUGGCUGCGGUGGCCCAGCGGAGCAUGCCCCUGCAGACGGGAACAGCGCAGAUCUGUGCCCGGCCUGACCCCUUACAGCAAGCCCUCAUCGUCUGCCCACCAGGCUUCCAAGGGUUACAAGCCUCCCCUUCGAAGCACGCUGGGUACUCGGUUCGGAUGGAGAACGCCGUUCCCAUUGUCACUCAGGCUCCUGGGGCCCAGCCUCUUCAGAUCCAGCCAGGACUCCUCGCACAGCAAGCAUGGCCCAGUGGCACUCAGCAGAUCCUGCUCCCCCCCGCCUGGCAGCAGCUGACCGGAGUGGCCACCCACACCUCUGUCCAGCACGCGACCGUCAUCCCGGAGUCCAUGGCAGGCACCCAACCGCUGGCAGACUGGAGGAACACGCACGCCCACGGCAGCCACUACAACCCCAUCAUGCAGCAGACCACGCUGCUGGCCAGCCACGUGGCCCUGCCCGCCGCCCAGCCCGUCAACGUGGGUGUCGCUCACGUCAUGCGCCAGCCGCCCGCCGCCGCCUCCGCCAGGAAAAGCAAGCAGCACCAGUCGGCUCCACGCAAUGCAUCCACCUAUGAAGUUUCAUCCUCUCAGUCCAUCAGCUCGCCCCAGCGGUCGAAACGAGUGAAGGAGAACACCCCUCCCCGCUGUGCCAUGGUGCACAACAGCCCUGCCUGCAGCACCUCGGUCACCUGCGGCUGGGGCGACGUGGCCACGAGCAGCACGCGGGAGCGGCAGCGGCAGACGAUCGUCAUCCCCGACACCCCCAGCCCCGCCGUCAGCGUCAUCACCAUCAGCAGCGACACAGACGAAGAGGAAGAGCAGAAGCAUGCACCCACCAGCACCUUGUCCAAGCAAAGGAAGAAUGUCAUCAGCUGUGUCACCGUGCAUGACUCCCCCUACUCCGAUUCCUCCAGCAACAACAGCCCUUACGCCGUGCAACAUCGCACAGGGCAGAAUAACGGGAACAGCUACGACACCAAAGGGGUUCCAGAGACUCACUGCAGUGGGAACCCCCGAACGAUCAUCGUGCCACCACUGAAAACCCAGGCCAGUGAGGUGUUGGUAGAGUGCGAUAGCCUGGCACCAGUCACCACCAGUCACCACUCAUCCUCCUACAAGUCCAAGUCCUCCAGCACCGUGACCUCCACCAGCGGUCACUCUUCAGGGAGCUCGUCUGGAGCCGUUGCCUAUAGGCAGCAGCGACCAGGAGCACAUUUCCAGCAGCAGCAGCCUCUUAAUCUAAGUCAGGGCCAGCAGCACAUCUCGACCGACCGCACAGGGAGUCACCGGAGACAGCAAGCCUACAUCACUCCAACGAUAGCUCAGGCCCCGUACUCUUUCCCGCACAAUAGCCCCAGCCACGGUACAGUUCAUCCCCACCUGGCCGCGGCUGCCGCUGCUCACCUGCCCACCCAGCCCCACCUGUACACAUACACCGCCCCCGCCGCCCUGGGCUCCACGGGCACCGUCGCGCACCUGGUGGCCUCGCAAGGCUCUGCCCGGCACGCGGUGCAGCACACCACCUACCCCGCCAGCAUCGUCCACCAGGUCCCCGUCAGCAUGGGCCCGCGCGUCCUGCCCUCGCCCACCAUCCACCCGAGUCAGUACCAGGCUCAGUUUGCCCAUCAGACCUAUAUCAGUGCUUCUCCAGCCUCCACAGUCUACACUGGAUACCCACUGAGCCCCACCAAGGUCAACCAGUACCCUUACAUCUAAACACUGGAAUAAAGAGCGAGAGACGCACCCAUCCCGGGGGGAGUGAGGCAGCCGCUUUUGUAUUGAAGAACAUGACAAACUAACAAUGCAAUGGGAGGCUCGUGUGAAACUUGAACGAAGGAGACUUUAGGAAGAAAAGAAAAAGAGGAAAGAAGGGGGAAAACCAAUUCUACAAUUUUUAUUUAAAAAAAAAAAGAAAAUGGAAAAAAAGAACAGAAAAAAAAAUAAACCACAAAAAAAACCCAACCAUUCUGCACCAAACUAGAGAGAAAGAGAAAAGGAGAAGGACCCUCCAGCGGGUCCUGUCUUUUGAAGAACUUCACCAACAGACUUUUAAAGGUUAUUUUCAUCCAAUAGUGAGCUACAUUUAGAAAUUUGUUGUCCAGAACACCUAAAAUUAAAUCCGUUAGGUUUUUAAUCCUGUAGGUAUAUGGAUUAGGGAUUUAUCCAGCAUUUCAAAGGGUUUAAACAGCAGUUUUUGUAUCUCAAAGUAUAUAUAGAUUCAGGGGGAUUUGUAGUGGAAAAAGAAAAUGGGUAAGGGAGGCUGAGGGUGGAGGACAAAACAUUGUCCCAGUGCUCUAAACUUGGACGUAACACUGCUACACUUAAACACACCUGGGCAAAAUAGUCCAUGCAGCACUGGUUGAGAGCAGAAGCAAUGGGAGUGUUUCUCCCUCUACUUGAACACACUGGAUAAAUCCCUGAGAAAUGCUAUUCCUAAACAUGAUCUCUAAUAAUGUAUGUUGGAUUUCAGUUGCUUUUUUUUUUUUUUUAGGGAUUUUUGUUUUGGUUUGGUUUGGGUUUUUUUGGAAGUGUUCCUUUUCAAUCCCUAGCCAUUUUAGUAUAGGAGGAGACAUUUUAGCUGCCCCCAACCCCCUGUCCCCAGCCCCGGUAGAAUGUAGCACUAUACAGGUCAUACCCCUUUUUACUCUUUUAUGUUGAACUUCAACGAUACCAAUAGACUAUUCCUCAAUGUGAUUGCACAAAGAAAAGUGAUAUAACAUAGGCAUGUAACAAUGUGAUUGUCCAGGUGUGUGUGUGUGUGUGUGAGUGCAGAUGCUGCCUUCUCUCUGUGGUGUGUUCCUCGGCACAGCCAUUACAACUGUCACAGUCUUAGUUUUACAUCAUUCCCUCGUAGUGCCUUACCAAACUACAGACGCGGUUUAAGGGUUUACUUCCACUGGUACUCCUAGAAACUGACUGAGGCUAGUCGGAAUUUACUCUCAGCUCUUUUUCUUUCUUUUUCUUCUUCUUCUUCUUAUUUUUUUUUUUUUUGUUUGGUUGGUUGGUUGGUUGUUUUUUUUUCGGUUGUUACUGCCGAUUUUCUCCUGCUGGUGGUGUUGGGUUUUUUCCCAUGUCGUCAAUCGUAGCUCACUUGGCGAGGUGUUGGGGAGGCUCGUUGGGGUCAGAAAUGCGUAUAGCUGGGUGUUUUGUCAAGCACUGGAUGGGCUGGAAGCAACCAUGUCAGCUGUGAGGACCCAGAGGGUCUGGGGACUCAUUUGUGGACUGGUCUGUUUUUGUCCUGUUGAAAUAGCAGGUUUCCUCCCUGGAAACUUAAUUCUCAUUCUGCUGUUUGCCGAUGUUCUUGAUGGAGUGGGAGUGGAGUGUCCACCCUCAUCAUCAGGUUGUCCUGGUCAUGUGUUUGAAAUGGGAACAAAAAUUUAGUCCUUGAUAGGGGGAAACACUAGUUUUUGCCAACAUCUCUCACUGUGUCUGUUGAUGAGAAAAGGUCAUGAAAGGGCUGGAGUCCCAAAGCAAACAUGAAAAAAUCCAGUUGAGAGAGUCAAUCUCAGGUUUCUUAAGUGAAAAGAGUAUUGUAAUACAUAGAGCCUUACCCACUCUAACAUAGCUGUGACACUGUGUGCCUCCCCUGCUCUCUUUUCACCUACACCCUGAAAAACUGCCUGCAGUGGCAGAGUGACCCUGGAACUGGAGAGCAGGUUGGUCCUCCACACCAAGGAAUGCUACAUGGUCAUUUUGUUUUCCAGCAGUUUCUACAGAGAGCCUUUCCUGUCACUGGUUUUGUUCAGCGGGGAGUUUCCCUAGUAAUUGCACUUGCACUGGUGCAUCAGUACCAUCAUGCCUGUGGAUGUCCUGAGGAGGAAGGAGAGAAAGGAAUUUGGUAGAACGUUUCCAUGAAAGCUGAAGUCUAUGGGACUGCUCAGUUCCACUCUACAUUUCCUUGUAACUAGAGCAUGAAGUAAUCAGGUGUUUUGCAAGAUGCUGGAAAAUAGCAGGUUUGUUGGCAGAGUGGUGAGGGAUGGGUUCCCUGAGUGGCAGUGAGGAAGAAGGCUCUCUCAGGAUGGAAAAGCUAGUAGAAAGACAAGCACAAAUAUAUUGUUUCCUGGUAAGUGCUUGGCUGGCCUGGAAGAUGAAGAUCCUGCUAUGCAUAGGCUGCUCAGCAAGGCUAUUGUCUUCUGGCAAACCACCAAAUAACAUUCCUGGUUGCCAGCUCUGGUUCCUGGGCUAUUCUUGCACAGUUUUCUUCUCCUCCCUGUCCUUCAUUCCAGCUCAAUAUACUGUAGAUGAGGAUGCAAUCUCCCAGCAGCCUAUGCACCUUACCCCUGCUCUUUUGGAAAGACAAGUCCCCUUUCAUCUGAGGCAGGAAAAGAAAGCCCUGCUAUCUCUCUUGCAUUCCUCUCCUCUCUCACCAGUUUGGGAGCGAGAGCGUCAUGCUGCUUUAGUCAUGAAAAGGAAAGAUAAUGUUAUUUUAUUGUAUGGUUGUUAUGAUUAUGAUUAUUAUUUUAUUAUUAUUAUAUUUUACUCUGGGUUUUAAUUGCACACGCAUUCCUUAAACUUUGUGGGUUUUUUUUUCUCUUAUUGUUGUUAUUGUUGUUAAUUUUAUUUCUCUUCAUCAGUGGCAUUGGAAGGGUUACUGUGAUUGUGAGAACUGCAGGAGGAAGGAGAAAUGAGAUUAUUCCGAUGAUGAAAACUCUGCCACUAAUCUGGGGGAGUGGGACCGCUCAGUGAGAGUGGUUACAGCCUUGAGGAACAGGAGUUAUCCUCUGGGUCACAUCUGCGUUUCAGAAUAAGUCCAGAAACAUUAAUUCAGAGGCCAACACCUGACAGCAGCUAACAUAAUUAUCUGUGAGGAGAGCUGGAUCAAAGAUAGGUAAGGACCUUAGUGCCCUGGGGUCCAGCUCAACAUCCCUUAGUUUGAAAGGAUGUUUAGAUAAGAUGAAGACUUAUUCAUGCUCCAAGCCAUGAUCAUUGCACCCUUGCAAAAAACACAAGGCCACACUACAUAUUAAGGGUUCAGUUUUCCUAAAGGAGGACACAGAGGGAUGGCUCUCCAGAAACUGGGCUAUCGAGGGAGCAGCGGCAGAGCCGCAAGGGUGGCUCUCAGUCCCAUCACUGGAUAAGGCACACUGGCACACACUGAUGGCAUUAGCUGGGUAAAGCAUAGCUGCAGACUGGGCAGUGUUCCUCAUCUGCUCUUCCACUCUCACUGAAGACUAGGUGUCCACAGGCCAGGAUGCUUGGUUUGAUUUUUUUCUUUGUUCCUGAUGUAGAUUUUCCCUUCUUCUACAUUUAUUUCUUGUGGAAUUUUGUUAUGCUGUUCUGGUUGCUACAGUUUAGGUAUUUAUGGUUUGAUUUGCAUCCCCUGCUUUUUUAGAAUAGGGGGAAGCAGUGACUGAAUUUAAAUUCCAUUGAAAAAUUACAGAGACUUCAGCAGAGACUAAAAGUUAAUCAUGCACUUGAGCGCUUUGCAAAAGAACUUCAAGUUAAAUAUUUAUGUAUGUGCUCCUCUGGCCUAAGAUUUGCCAGCGUGGAAAGUUGCAAUCUCAAUCACAGUAAUGUUUUACUUGUAUUAAUUGCAUUUUCCCUGUGUAUCCAUCUGGCCUGCUCUCCCACAUGGGAUAAGAUCUGAUUCUGGAAGGUAUUUGGCAGUGGAACUGUUACAACAGCACAGGCUGGCAGAGAGAAGGGUUACGCUGCAUAACAGAGGAGCCACCUUUCAGAUUGUUCAACCUGGAGUUGCUGGUCUGCCAGACAGUCGUGGUGAUGGGAUGCUGAUUACAAGAGAUGCACAGCACAGCCAUCAGAUUGCUUGAUGGUGCAACACUGUGUGAGAGCUGUGUUUUCUGGUGGGUAUAAGGGAGCUGAGCAACACCUUUUCCCUCACACCUGUAUAAGGGAAUUGUAUGGAUGAAGGUGUCGUUGGUCAUAGGGGAAACACAGUCAUUUCAGCAGAGGAAGUAAAAGCUUUGCAUGCUGUCAGUACCACACACAUAAUAAUAGCCAGCUGGUUUUGCUUGCAGAGUCCUUUGGAGAGGAAAUGGGAUUGGCAUGGUUUGGUUCAGUUGGUGUUCCUUGUGUGCAUGGAGUAAAUGGUGUGGAAACUUGAGGGGGUAGGAGAAUGUUUAGAUACUGGAAGUUUUAUGGGUGGCUUAUGGCUGGCAGAGUGAAAAAGUGGUUCUUUUCCCCAUCAUGUCCUCUUGCAUUCUGCUUGUGCAGGAAGUAGAAGGGAGCACAGACAUUGUCUCUCCUCAGGAGGAUGUUCUGUUGCCUCCUAUGAGGUCAGAAUGCAGUGAGGAGGGUAGAGAACCACUAACAGGAGCAGACUGGAAAACCCAAAUGGAAGCGCAUCUCACUGUAGAGUGGUCAAGUCCAGUCAUUUGAGAGUGCAAAUGCAAUUGCAUCUUCCCUGGCAGGUUUUAUCUGCUUGUACCCAACAAACUGGGCUUUGGCAGGUCUCUAAAUCUCUCUCUCUAGUAGUUUUGGUGUAAUAUGUAAAACAUUCCAAGAAAGGGACUCUUUUGACUGUGACAUUUUUCCUUUCUUUUUUAUACAUUCAAGAGGUUGUGUAUUGUAAUUUGGUUUGAAAGCAAUUCCAUUAGCAAAUUUGAAGGGCAAUAAACCUGUUUUUUUCUUUAACCAAAGAUACUUUUUUUUUUUUAAGAGAGAAAGAGACUCCCAUCUACUCCAGAAAUUAAAUGAAGCCACGAGUUAUGAGCACCAGGCAAUGAGGAUACACCACGGAACUCAAUCUUUCCAUUCACUUUUUUUUUUUUUUCUCUCUCUCUCUCGAGUUUCUGACAUCUUUUCAAGUAGCUAGCUUGAUGAGCAGAGAAAUUCACACUAAAUAUUGCUGCUAUCCUAAACUGUAGGGGAUGUCAAAAAUGUUUUUCUUCUCUUGUUAUUGUUCAUAUUGAUUUAAGUGUUUUAGUGGUGACAUUGCAGUGUGCAAAUGGUGAGCUGUGUAGUGGGGAUAAGCUUCUGGAUGCCCUGCAUGCUUCUGUAGUGUCUCUUCUGGAUUUAGGACACUGGUUUUGUUCUGUGGGUUCAUAAAAUCAUAGAAUAUGCUGAGUUAGAAGGGACCUAUCAAGAUCAAGUCCAACUCCUGGCCCUGCACAGGACACCCCAAGAAUGACACCAUGUGCCUGAGAGCAUUGUCCGAAUGCUUCUUGAACUCUGUCAGGCUUGGUGUUGUGACCACCUCCCUGGGAAGCCUGUUCCAGUGCCCAACCACCCUCAGGGGGAAAGACCUUUUCCUGAUAUCCCAAACAGUGAUGCCGCGGUCAGGCCAGACACAGCUGGGCAAGGGUGUUGGACUUAGACUUGUGUUCUUCCAUGGCUUUGUAAUCAUUAGAGAUCUUCAGUGCUACUUGUGGGCCAAAUCCUGGAUACCUGUAUGCAAGGUCUGCUGUGGGUAGGCAAUACAGACAGAAAAGGUAUGGGAAGGGAAUGUGUUCCCUCUUCCUGUUAACAUAGGAAUGUCCCUGACAUUGGUCCCAUUUGAUGUGUGAGCUUCAAAGCAGUUGAUCUGAGGUCCUGGGCACUUACCUAUGUCACCCUCCUGGUGCUCCUGUGAGAAGGACCUGUGUCCAAAGUACCUGGAAUCCCCAGCUUACUUCUCAAGGCCCACUUCUGUGCCUACAAAUCAUUUUUCUCCCUCCAGACACAGGGAGGAGAUGGUUCUCUGCUGCUGAGGUUCCCCCACUGCCGUACUCCAAUAAAGCUGCCUCUGAUGGCGGUGACAAUUUCACCCUGGGUUGCAGAUGCUAAGUGAGGUGCUCAAAGAAAUGGUGCCAGUCCUGUUGUUAGUGGCUGUGCAUAGACUCCUUGCAGGAGUAUUGCACUGGAUAAGAGGAGCUGGGCUUUCCAGGCUGGUCUCCAUCCCUCUUCCAUCCUCACCACUAGCUGUGUGCAUAUUGCUGUGAUGCCACCAUGCCCACCAGGCACCCCAUGCACACAGCAAGACCCACAGCAGGGGUGGCCCCUGGAAGGAAUGCCUGGCAGUGUGCAGAGGAGCUCUGCUCACAAUGACUCUGUGCUCAAGGGCUCCUUGUCUCCUGUGACAAAUGUGAUUGCUGUGAGGGACCCCAGAGGCAGUGGUUACCUGUGAGGAGCUGCUGAUGCAGGUGGAGGUGUGAGAACCAGUCAGGAGGCAAAAUGAGCUGAGUUCUGCACGUGUCAAAUGCUUUCAGUGCGAAGACAUGGUUUUAGAGCAUUUGUGUGUGUUGAGAGUGAAAUUUGAACGAUAGAUUGGCUUGGUUCUUCAGAAGUCUUAGGAAGCAUACUAGGAGGUUUUGCAUUCGGCAUUUGUGGUUUGAAACUCCUGUUUCUCAUUUACGGGUUAGCUUUGUCCUUCCAGUUUUAGCAGUGCUGCUAUAACAGACUAUUCAUGUGUGUUUGAAGAUAAAGUUUUGUUUUUAAUCUUUUGCUUAUCAUAGUUAAUCUAAGAAAGGCAAUACUAAAGGUAUAUUUUUUUCCAAAAAUGAUAUUUUUUACUGCACUGAUAAAUAUUGUGACAUCUCUGUUCUUAACUCUUUCGCUGUGAGGGGAACUGUGCAGAUUCACACAUACCUUGUAAAUAUUUGUGUGUACUUCUGACAGCCAGGGAUCGAUCUUCCUUCCUUCCUUCCUUCCUUCCUUCCUUCCUUCCUUCCUUCCUUCCUUCCUUCCUUCCUUCCUUCCUUCCUUCCUUCCUUCCUUCCUUCCUUCCUUCCUUCCUCCCUUCCUCCCUUCCUCCCUUCCUCCCUUCCUCCCUUCCUCCCUUCCUCCCUUCCUCCCUUCCUCCCUUCCUUCCUCAUUUCCUCCCUCAUUUCCUCCCUCAUUUCCUUCUUCCUCUUCUUUCUUUCUUUCAAACAAGGUUUCCUCUUUGAAACAGAAAGCAAUGGGGCAACAAUGCUCAGCAAAAGCAAAGCUUAUCCCACUUUCAGAACAUAGCCAAGGAGUUUUUGCAGUGCUGGCAUAGAGUUAAGUAUUUAAGCCAAUGUCUUUUGAUUUUUCAGCAAACUGUUUGGAAAGGAAUAAGACGGAUAGAAAAGCUUUAGUCUGGAAUUCUGAUCAGAAAAGUUACCCGUCUAUUUUAUGGCAUUUUUUCUUAUGUUUUCCUUUUCUUUAAAAAAAAAUAUAUUAAAAAUUAAAAAAGGCUUGUUGCAGGCUUGCUUGCCUGAGCUCUAGGCUGGUUGGCGGCUGUUCUGGGAGUGCCUUGUGCUCCGGGACCGCUGGCUCCUUUGGAAGCAAACCCACUGAUCAGGAUUCUGGAUUCUGAUUGCUCCAAUGGGUAUCCCCUGGUACUGUGGGAUACUUUUGCUUUUUUAAAAGAAGGAUUUAAAUACACUUACAUUACGCAAACUGUGACCUAAUGGCAAUAAUUACCUCAAAUGUGGGCAUUCAUCCUGGUUUUAGCCUUUCUGAAAUCAUGUAGCCAGCUUGAACUUUGAUUCAAAGACUCUGAACUCCAUAGGGGCGGAAUAGCGAUAAAUGCCCACCCUGGUCAUUGUUGCUUGAGUGAAUUCUGAAGACAGUGAAUCUUUAAAAAGAAAAAAAUUAAACCAAGGAAUAGAUUACUCUUUUAUGUAUUUUAAUCAAUUGUGAUGUUAAAAUGCACAUGUAAGUAUAUAUGUUUAUAGCUACUGUAAAAUGCUUUGGCCUUCUAGAAGAUAUUUAAUGAGUCACAUUUUAAACCAAUAUGAACUGAACAAUAGACUGUGGCUACUUAAACAGUUUUCUGGCUACAUUUUAUAGUUAUUACAGUGUUUUAUAGUUUACAUUUAAACUGGUACUUUUUAAGGGAAAUCUUGUGUUUUUAAGUGACACCUUCAAAAACUCAGUACAGCUGCCUCUUUUUUAAUUUUGCCCGUUAAAAAUGGAAAAGUACAAGUGUGUUUUUAAUAUGUAUAUUCUGUUUUGAGAUAUAACAUAGUGUUGGAAAGUCAGUCCAGAGAUGAAGUAAUCCAAUGUAUUCCAAAAUCUGAUUGAACAAAAACACUCCACCCGCUUUGAAGAUUUAGUUCAAGAGAUAAGCUAUUUGUUUGCUUGUUUUAAUAACAUGCUUUAUCAGGCCUCCCUGGGUUGGAGCAGGGAGCACUGUACAAAAUUCACUGUUCUAUGUUAAGAUCCUCAUCUGGAUAAAGAUACCCACAUCAGGAGAAUGAAGGAUAUUCGUAAGAAGGAUUGUAUUGUACUGUUGAUAAAUCAUUAGCCAAACAAAUAAUUCCUGAGUUAGUGAAUGCUUGAUUUCUUUGGGGGAUGGGGGGACGGGGGGUUGUUUCUAAGUGUGUGUGUGUGUGUGUGUGUGUUUAUGUGAGCCACUCAGAGGCAAUGCUGUAAUUUGGCUUUCAUCUGUUCACCCCUUUCUUACAAAUGAUGCUCACCACCACAGAAAUGUGUUAAACCAGUAAACAAAAUACAAAGUUCACUGACCAUCUCCUUGUCAACUCUGUUUUCUCAGCACAUGCCAGUCCCCAUUAAUGCUGUUCCCCACUGCUGCUACCCUGUACUUUGCAUUUUGAUAUAUCAUAUUCCCCACUCCCCAGUCUCACUUAGCUGUCAAGUUUCUUCUGUUGUGUUCUCUCAUUUGGGUAAUCAAUGAACAUGGUAUAAAUGUCUGCUGGGCAAAAUGGUACUUCGAGGUCCCAAAAGUACAGGAAUUGGCAUGUAAAAAUAUGUAUACGUACAUCUGGGCUUCGGCUGUGGAGCUGGGGUGCUCACGGGAGGACUCCUUUCGUGUUUCCACUGUGCCUGAGGGGGUUGUAUUUGUCCUCUCUGCAGAGGUGGUGGAAAGGAGCAAUGGGCGAUGCUUUGCAGCUGGGCACCGGUGCUGCUCCCAGUACAAUCAGAGCCGUGGGGCCGGGGAGUGCAGCCCGCCUCCUCCUCCUCCUCCUCCUCCCUCGGCGCCAUUCCGAUGUUUGCCGUUCCUGCCUCGCCGGCCGCAUUCCCAAAGCCAUCAGGUGUCAUAUGGCAAGCCAGGAGUGCCAGCAGCACUGGGGCCAGCUGGAAAACAUCCACCGGCCCUCACUGUGCACCACCACUCAGUCAACAGGCUUCACUGCCGCCGGCUCCUGCCGGCUCCCUGUUCUCCUGGGCAGAGUCACACUCAGCAACACCAGCACACUCAAGGAGCCACAGAGUCUUGUUGAAUACCUUGGCUUACAGCUUGUUAGGCAAGAAGGGGUUUCCAACACUGGCAACACACAUCCCAUAAGAUCUGAAUGGUUACAUACAACACCUCUGCCCUCAGCAAGGAAAGAAAGCGCUUCUGCAACGCUUCCACCUCACAUGGUUACAUACAACACUUCUGGCUUUUCUUUUCCCCUGUUAUCCCUUAUGUGUUUGAUUUUUUAAUUUUCUCUAUAUAUUUUUUACUCUAUAUUCUUGAAACAAAACUUCCACACAUAUUCCAGGGCACAACCAUUUCAGGUGUAAAAAAGGAUCUCCACAUCCCAUGUUUCACCAACAAAGCAAUCAAGGCGUUUUGGGUACCAGAUUCUACUUGGGCAGAACUAGAAUGUAGCCUGUAUAUUUCAUACCAAAUCCAAUUUAUGAAAGGAGAGGAAGUGUCAUUAAUAGCUUUAAUAAAGGAGUGUGUGUGAGAGAGAGAGAAAGAGAGGGAGUGAGAAAGAGAGAAGAACGAGGGGCAUCUUGGAAGGUGAAAAGUCUAGUUUUCAGGUAGUUAAAAUGAACCAAUGGGUGAAACAUUUUUUUAAAUGAGUUGUAAAAUCCUUUUAAAAACAGAAGGGGUGAAGUGGAGGGAACAUUUUAUGCCUUUCAACUGCCCACGAGCCCAGCAUACUCUGGAUGGAAAGUGGAAGUUAAUAUACACUGCACCAAAAUUAUUAAGGGAAGGUGGGGGCAGAGCUGUGAAACACUAUUGCAGUCACAAGGGAAAAGAUGCCCCUGCCCCAGCUCUGGAUCUCAAGCGGUUCUUUCUCUACAGUAUCAUCUCAGCCCAGUAACCCCACGAAAGCCCUGAGCCGUUGUGUUCCUUCACUGUACGGUUUCUGUAAUAAGAGUGUUAAUCCAUGUUAAUCUUUGUGAAAAUUCUUGUGUGCAACAGUAUUUUAUUGUGUACUGCUUUUUUCCUAUGUGAAUUGUCCCUUUCUGUUUUCUUUUUUUUCUUUCCUUCCUCUUUUUUCUUUUUUUUUUCUUUUAGUAAUAUGUCUUUCUUCUUUUAAAAGAAAAAACAAAAACAAACUGAUGUGUUGUAGACCUAUAUGUAACCUAUUCCUUAGUCUCAUAUUAUAGGUAUGUUAUAAGAAUGGAUAUUUUACUUGGCUUUAGAAUGUUUUACAAGAAAACUAAUUCUUAACCAAUCAAGUUCUUGCUACUAAAAAAAAAAAAUGCUUGUGUUUUUCAUCAUGACGUUGUGUGCUUCUAAUUAAUAAUCAUUUUCGUUGUAGAAAAAUGGAGUGAAUUUAUAUUAGUCUUGGAAACUAAUAAUAGCAUUGUAAAUUUAUGAGAUGAUUUUAACAGAAAAUACAUUAUAGAAGAAUAUAGUUAUUUUAAUUGUAAUAUUACUAACUGUAGGGUGAGAAAGGAGGUCCCGUUGUGGUGAACUAUGUUAUAGCUUGUUAUUCACGGUUUCUUUUUGAUCAUUUUUUCGGUCUCUGAGGUGAAACGAGUUAUUAAUCAGAAUUUGUCAACUCACAUAUGCAUAUUGUAUAUGUGUAGAAAUGUAAUCACACUUUGUCUUGGAAUUACAUUAAACUGUUUUAAGUCACUGCAAA